ACGACUCGGAACUCUGCUUUCUAGCUAACGUACUAACUUAGAGGUCUCAACAUAAUUACAGCAGCAGUCUGAUAAGAUCUCAGACGACGACGGACGACGACGGACGACGACGGACGAGUCGGGGCAGCACAGGACGACCCGCAGUAGGCAAAGCACGAGGCACGCCCCGAGCUUGGUCUGUCCGCAUCUCCUGGCGCACUUGAUAUCUCUUUCCUUUCCUUUCCGUUCAUUCAUUAAUUUCCAGAAAAAGCAGAAGGCAAACGGAAAAAGCAAGACAGGCUGCCAGCUUGUCACAGUCCACGGCACGAGAGCCAGCCGAGUCGAGUUGUCCGUUGUUUUUCCUCUACUCAGAUGCGUUUCGUGGCUUUAGGAAUUAUCUAGCGCGCAAAACCGUUUAGAGUAUGACCGCACUCGAUUUUCUUUUAAUAUACGUGCAACCUCACUCAAUCGCUAUACCAGCUGAUCGCAAAAGCAACACACUCCGAAUGGCGACUCGUGAGACUGAAUCAUGCUUCUGGAGACUAGUCAAUGUAUUACUGCUCGCUUUCCGUUGCAUGGUCGCGUCAGUUUCCCUAGGUUGC